AUGUUUGGUAAAAUAAUCUUCUUGGCAGCAGCGUUGCCAGUUUUUCUUGCAAAUGCUCAAGGGAGCUUCACGAAUUGGUCACCACCUGGUCCAGGUGAUGUUCGUUCUCCAUGUCCUGCGAUGAACUCCCUCGCCAACCAUGGAUUUCUCCCACAUGAUGGAAAAGGGAUCACGGUCCCUGAUGUUAUCACCGCGUUAGAUGCUGCUUUGAACGUGGGUGUCGAUUUUGCCACAGCCAUUGGCACCGCCGGUCUACUGUCAGUUCAAGGCAAUCUCUUCGCUACAUCUUUCAACCUCGAUGAUCUAAACGAGCACAAUUUUCCCAUCGAACACGACGGAUCGCUUUCCAGGCGCCGACUACUACUCCUCUCCAAACCACGAUGACUAUUCAUUCAACCAAACAAUCUUCAACCAAUUUCUCUCAUUCUUCACUUCCCCCCAAACAUCCAUCCCCGUCGCCGCAGCCGCCAAAUACGCACGUGUGAAAUAUGAAGAAGAGCAUGAUCCACAUUUUUCAUACUCGGCUCAGCAUUUUGUAUUGAGCUAUGGAGAGACGGCGUUGUAUUUGAGUACGCUAGGGGAUCCGGUGGAGGGGAUCGCGGAUGUAGAGUGGGUGAGGGUUUUCUUUGAGGAGGAACGGUUGCCGUAUCGAGAAGGGUGGAGAAGAGGGAGUGUGCAAACGAAUUUGGCGAGUUUGGCGGUGAUGAUCGAGAGGUUGAUGUUGGCUAAUGAGGAGGUGUUGCCUGAGGGCUUGGAGGUGACGGCGCAGACGGUGGGGAUUGCUUUUGGGGGGUAUGAUCCGCUUACGGGGGUGUUGGGUCAUGUGGUUGGG